AUUAACACUUUGUACAAAACAAUCGAGGGUGAAGUACGUCCGGUACUAGUAAUUAACACAUUGUACAAAACUAACCAUUUAUUAUAGCAUGUACGGUCCUUAAGUGUGUACAUGUAGACAACGACAACUGUACUGUAUCCUAUAUCCGCAUCUAACAACGUCCGAUAUCUGGGAUUUGGGUUUACUAUUUACUAAAUUCGACUUAAUCAACAUUCUUUAAGGUUAAGUAACAAGUGAAAUUCACAUGUAAACGUAAGCAAGAUGAAUACGACCAAAUUAUUGCGUCUAUACAGAUACAACACAAAGUUACAAUUCAGACAUCGUUCUACUGCAACAGCUACGUCACUCCCCCGUGUAGAUAACAGUAAUGUUAAUCCUAAACCAUAUAGUGAAAUACCAGGACCAACUGGAAUCUAUAAUAUACCCAAGAUUGGUGGAAUGUUUUUAUUUCAACCUUUUACCAAGUAUAAUUUGGUACGAUUUCACGAGUUGACCGAUAUGCUGUUCGAUAAAUAUGGUCCAAUUGUUAGAUUAAAUCUUGGCAAUGGUAUCGUUCUUACCAGUGACCCACAAGACAUAGAACUCAUCUAUAAAAGUGAAGGCAAAUAUCCAAAGAGGCCUGGAUUUGAUCUUUUUGAAGUCUAUAUUGAAAGAACCAAGAAAGCCAAGAAUCUGGCCGUUCUGAAUGGUGAAAAAUGGGCUGAACUACGAACUCAGGUACAGAAAAAAUUGGUUCGACCAAAAUCUGCCCUACACUAUAUUGAAAGUCAAUCAGAGGUAGCUAAUGAUUUAGUGGAUAAAUUACGUUCGAUUGAUCCAGAUGAUGUUAGAGAAUUGUUAUUUUUAUACGCCACUGAAAGUAUAGCUGUUGUGUGUUUUAAUAAGCGGUUGGGUAUUUUGGAAGGGGCUGUGACAAUGGACACGAAAGAGUACCUUGACAACUCUAAAAUAUUUUUCACCCAUAUCAACAAGGGAACUGUGGAUUUUCCGUUUUUCAAAUAUUUUGAGACACCGCUAUAUAAAAAAUUCAAACACGCUGCCGAUAAAACAUAUGGAUUUGGUAAAGUACAAAUUGAAGAUGCUCUAGAAAAAUCGCUUCAAAUGAAAAAAGAUGGAACUUGGAAUCCAGAAGAACCCAAUUUUCUAAUGUCUUUGUUAGCUGAAGAAAAGCUUUCCAUAGAACAGGUUACAAGUCUGGUUCUUGAUCUGCUGGUUGGCGGAACUGAUUCUACUGCCAAAACAUUGGAGAUAUUCCUGUAUUGUUUAGCUCGUCAUCCUGAAAAACAGGAUAAUCUUCAGCAGGAGAUACUUAAGUACAUGGGUCGUCAUGGUGACUUGACAGCUGACAACCUUCCAGAUAUGAAGUAUUUAACAGCUUGUUUAAAGGAAUCCUUCAGAAUGUAUUAUCCUUUAGCUAGCGGAGCAGCUAGAUUUUUACCAGUUGAUAUUAUACUUAGCGGUUACCAUAUACCAAAAGGGACGUUAAUUGGUAUGGGUAAUCGAAAGUUAUUGAUGAAUCCAAAAUAUGUAACAAAUCCUACAGUUUAUCGACCAGAAAGAUGGUUACGGGAUGAUAAAGGUGCUAGAGCAGAUCCUAUUCCAAGUAUAGGUUUAAUACCAUUCAGUGUUGGAGUUAGAAACUGUAUUGGCAGGAGAUUUGCUGAACAAGAAAUUUACAUAGCAAUCACCAAGAUUGUGCAGAACUUUAAAGUUAGUCUGAUGGAUGACACAUCAAAUCCACCAAAUAUGAUUUACGAAACUUUUGGAUCGUUUGUUCAGAAACCUAUGUUUAAAUUUGAAGAAAGAAAAUAGAUAACCAGAGGAAAUGAAAUGUUGAUUUUGCAUGAUUAAUUAUAUACAGUGUGUAUGAUCAUUGUAUUAGUCGUAAAGUUGGAAUAUUAUUUGUAAUAAGUAAUUGCAUUUGUUGUAAUAAGUUUGUGUAUAUUAUUUGUAACUGUAAUUAGUGAUUGUUCUUUCAAUGACUAAAAGUGUCUCAAAUUGCAUUUCUCUAUUUUUGUAACCUUGCUAUUAUGACGUGGAACCAUGCAUGCAUUAAGUGCAGUAAUGUAAUAAAAAGUAAUUGUCCCUCACAAAUCAUUCUUUGCUAAUAGAAAUUAGGAAAUACAAGUAUUUAAAUUAUAGAGUGUGCAAAAUUCUUGACCAGUGAACUCAUCCAUUGCUGCCAGCGGACGUUCGGGGCGUCAAUAUUUACGAGUAGCACAUAUUCUUUUUAGGUAAUCGUGCAGAAUAUAAAGUUAUAAAAUCUUGGUACAAGUGAUAAUGACCGUAUUAUGUAUAUUUAAAAAUGUCACUGAGCUAUGAAUAUAAAAUAACACUACGUCUUAACAUUAUAGAGUUCACAUUUAACCUUUGACGUUUUUCAGCCCCCUUACAUUAUUUAUUUUAUUGUUUAAUAUUAUAUAAAUACACAUAGUAAAGUAUGCAAAUCAACGUCAAUAUCUGACAAAAUAGCACAUUUGCCUACCCUUAAAUAUAAAUAUUGAGCCGUUCAUUUGUAUAAGUGACUUAAUUGAUAAUAACAAGGAUAUAUAUAUAUAUAUAGACAUGGAAAGUAUUAGAUAUUUGCACAUGAAUAAUACCACGAUUUAAAUACAAGGACGGAUCCAGAGACCAUAGAUAGCGCGCAACGAGGGGUCCAGUUGGACAAGACUUCGGUUCUAAAAUAUGGAAUUAUAAUGGGAGUUUUUUUAGUCAGAAAUCCAUAUAAUAUGGGUGUGUGUGUGGGGGGGGGGGGCUCACUAGAUCCGCCUUUGUACGUAUAUAAUAAUGGUGUUUUAAAAUGGUGAGGUCUGAAAUUUUCAAAUCUAAAGGUUCGUUUUAAUUACCAAUGGAUAGUAAUCAGGUAACUUCCGAUCUGAAACUCCAGAAGAUAAAUACUGUAUUAACAUUUAUAGAUGCGACAACCCAUUUCUCAUAUUUUAAUUUUUAUAAUUUUUGAUAGAUUUAUUUAUACAAGUUAUUUUUUACUUGAGAAAUAAAAAUAUUGGAC